AUGGACAUAGAGGCAGACAUCCUGACACUAGGACAGAUUCAGGAAGCAUAUGCCUAUGUGAGAUCAUCACCAGAUGUUGUACGUACGCCACUUCUUGCACACGUACAAGAUCUGUUUAUAGAAACAAACACCAAGAAACAUGAGGAAGGCAGCUCCGAUGACGCAGACGGCAAAAGUCAGCUGGAUAUAUCCCAGAUAGAUUUGUAUAUGAAAAUGGAGAACAUGCAGACAACAGGCUGUUUCAAGAUUCGAGGAGUUGUCAAUCAGAUGCGACAACUGAGGACAAAACAUGGUCAAGGUUGUAAUCUGGUGACAAUGUCUGCAGGGAAUUAUGGGAAAGCUUUUGCUCACUGUGUAGGGAGGUCUGAUGCCAGAUGUGUCUGCAUUAUGCCCACCACUGCUCCACAGAAUCGAGUCACUGUUAUUGAGGGGAUGGGAGUUCAAGUGAAACAAGUGCCGACCUCUGACCUGGAAGCAGAAGUCAGUCUGUUGGUCAAGGAAGGCUUCGUCUACAGCCACUCAUUUAAUGACCUUGAUCUGAUUGCAGGACAUGCCAGUUCUGGCUUGGAGCUGUUGGAAGAUUUGCCAGAUCCGGACGUGAUCGUUGUCAACUGUGGAGGUGGUGGAUUUAUUUCUGGUGUUGCUGCCGCCGUGUCACUGUCAGGUGUCAACAAUUGUCGUAUUUAUGCUGUGGAGCCAGACGGAGCUGCAACCAUGUCUGAAAGUUUUAAAGCAAAGAGAGCCAUGUCUCUUCCACACGUCAAGUCAGUAGCUGCGGGAUUGGCUCCACCAUAUGCAGGGUCACUGUGCUACAAACACUGUCUCAAGUUCGUCGAGGAUGUUCUCCUUGUGUCUGAUGAGGAGAUCCUCCGAGCCACGAAGAAGAUGUUUGAGAGAGGCAUCAAAGCUGAACCAUCUGGCAGUGCGGCCCUGGCGGCAGUUCUUGCAGGGAAAGUUCCGUACAUUCAGGGUAAAAAGGUCGUCGUUUAUGUCACUGGGGGUAAUGUCACUUGCGAGGAAAUGAGUCAGUACCUGCUACUGGUGUCUUGA